AUGGCGCCUCCGCCACUCAUUCAUGCUUCCUGCUGGACUCCCGCUAAAUUCCUUCCUUGCCUUCCCCUUCGCAUCCCUGCAGCUUCCCCGCGCGGACGGCGCAUCACAACAGCUGGGGGAUCCCUCCGCUUGCCCGUCGCCGCUGCCGCCGUCACCGCUCACCGCCGCUGCAACGCCUUCCCCUCGCCAACAGCAGUCGCGCUGUCCGCCGCGCGACCUCUCGCUUCUCCGGCGACCCCGCGGGCCGUUCGCGUCCGCGCCGCAUCCGCGCGCCUCUCGUCGCCCUUCACCCGCGCCCCGUCCUCUCUCCGCUUCACCAAGCGCGCGUGCCAACAGCUCUCCAACCCCCACCUCUUCCCCGUUCCUUCACCUUCGUUACUCAAUUCCUCCCGCCGAACCUCCCGCGUCAGCAGGUCUGGCCGCGUCUUGCGGCCCGGCCGCGCACGCGCUCUCCUCGCCCCCUUGCUCGCCGCCAUCGGCGUUUCCUUCGCUGCCGUCCUCGCCGCGCUUCCGGCUGCCCUGACGGCCGUCUUCGCCGCGCUGCCGGCUGCCCUGACGGCCGUUUCCGCCGCUACAACCGCCAUCGCAUCGAACGCGACAGUCUCGUCGGUAGCACUCCCGCUGCUACAGCUUCUGGCGGGCGUGGGGGGCGCAGUAGGAGUGGUCACUCUGGGACUCAUCUGGACCGUACUGGACCGUUUGUUCUGCCUUAUCCUUCUCCUCAACUUCGCCGCGGGUCUUUUAAGCAUCGCGCGGGACUCGUACCGGCUGAGCCACGCGCGCCGCCGCAGCCUGCAGGACCCAACGCUCGUGACGAUAUGGGCCGCGGAGCGCGACGAGCGCGACGCGGACGACGGGAUCAGUGAGGGCAUGGCAGCGAGUGCGAGGAAGAUUUUUCUAGACACAGGCGACCCGCGGUUUGACUGGUUCGUGCCGGGGGUGGUGAGCCUGAUCCCCGGAGUGAACGGCGCGGCAUGGGUGCUGGCAUCAUGGCACUCGUCGCCCUUCCUCUCACGCGGUCUCAAGAGACACCUCGCCUUAAACGCUGCUGUCUACGGGCUGCCUGGCCUUGCCUCCCUCCUGAUCUUCGCCCUCGGCGUCCCCUCCCCCACCUCCCUGCUCCUCUCCCCGUUCUCCUCCCUCGCGUCGGCCAUCCUCUCGCCGUUCAGCCAAUCAGCGGCUGCCACUGCAGCAGGAUCAGCAGCAGCGGCGGCAGCAGGGGGGGUGACGGUGGUGGGGUACGGGAGCAGCAGUGCGUGGUGGGUGAGUGUGGUGCUGGGGGCGGUGCAGUUGCAGCUGGAGCGAGUGCGGGCUGUGAGCAUGCAGGAGAGCCGGCAGGUGCUCAGAGCGUUUGGGCGUGGGCUCAAGAGAACGAGGGAGAGGCGACUAGGACAGAGGAAAUGGAUGGACUGGGGAGUGGAGGAGGAGGAGGAGACGGAGGAGGAGGAGGAGGGGGUUGAUAGGGAACGGGAGGGGCGGUAUGGCGAGAAUGGGAGGUUGGAGGGAGUAAGUGCGGCCAUGGGAGGGGCUUCUGGAGGUGGGCGAGCAGGGGGUGCUGGCAAGGAUGGGAAUGCUCCAAGGGGUAGCAGCGGCAAUAUCAUCAUCAGCAGCAGCAGCAGCAGCAGCAGGGGAGGUGGGGACAUGUGGAUGGAGGCAGAGGAGCGCAGGCGCCUGCAGGAGUUUGAUGCGAAGCUCAUGGGGAGGCCUCUGCAGCAAAUGGGGCCUCCAGCAGCAUGGACAACGGAUGACGUGGCAACAUGGCUCACAGCAGAGGGCUUUGCCUGCUAUGCACAGGCCUUCCUUCGCCAUGCUGUCUGUGGCCAGGUGCUGUUUGAGCUGACAGCAGAGGACCUGAGGGAUGACUUGGGGGUGCGCACGCUAGGCGACAGGAAGAGGCUGCUCGCAGCCAUUGCACAGCUCAGACUGUGUCCCCCCGCGUAUCCCUGUCCAUCCCUCCCGCGCCUCCUCUCCCUCCUCCCCACCCUCGUCGUCCUCCUCCUCGCCCUCUCCCUCCCCGCGGCGCGCGGCGAGAUCUCUGACGCGCUGCUGGAGGCGGACAAGCGCGCGAUCGUGCUGUUCGACACGUUCGGGUUCGAAUCCAACGGUCACGUUGACAUGAACGUGUCGUCUGUCGAGGUGCUUGUGCCGGAGAACGCGGCGGCGGCCGACAAGACGUUGAUGGGAUUUUUUUUAACGACCGCGGAGGACGAGUUAGAGCUUCAGAACGACUUCCAGGCGGGACACUGCGUGCUCGCCAACGCGCACGUGCACCGCCUCUUCACGCUGCAGGACGUGGUAUCACAGCAGCAGGGUCCAGACAAGCCCUUCACCUUGCGCUACACAGUGCCCGACGCCAAGGAGUACUCUCUCUUCUUUGCCAACUGCCAGCCGCACGCGCGCGUCUCCCUCAACUGCUCCUUCGCCCUCUACAACGUCGCUCCCAGCGGCCGCAUCGACUACCUCCCGGGCGGCAAAACCCAGCUGCCCAUGCUCUACAGCGCCUUCUACCUCGCGUACAUGGUGGCCGGCAUCGUUUGGAUUUAUCUGUGCCACAAGCACUGGGCGAGAACCCACCGGAUUCACAUUCUGAUGGGCGUGCUGGUGCUGCUGAAAGCGUUCACUGUGCUGUCACAGGCGGGGGAGUAUGCGUAUAUCCGCGCCACGGGGGACCCGCAGGGGUGGAACAUUGCUUUCUACGUGUUCAGCUUCUUCCGAGGAAUCAUGCUGUUCACGGUGAUAGUGUUGAUUGGCACGGGGUGGUCCGUGGUGAAGCCGUACCUGCAGGACAAGGAGAAGAAGGUCAUCCUCAUUGUCAUUCCGCUGCAGGUCUUUGCGAACAUCGCAACAAUCAUCCUGGACGAGAGCGGGCCGUCGUCGCAGUCAUGGUUCACGUGGCGUGACAUCUUCCACCUGCUCGACAUCCUCUGCUGCUGCGCCGUCUUCUUCCCCAUCAUCUGGUCCAUCAAGCACCUCCGGGAGGUUGCGCAUUCCGACGGCAAGGCAGCACGCAUCGUUGCCAAGCUACAGCUCUUCCGGCACUUUUAUGUGCUCGUGGUUUGUUACAUAUACUUCACGCGCAUCGUGGUGUACGUUUUGCGGUCCACCAUGCCGUAUCAGAACGCAUGGACAGCGGAUUUGGCGGGAGAAUUGGUAACGCUGGUGUUUUAUUGCGUUACGGGUUACCAGUUCCGGCCAAUGGAAGAGAACCCGUUUCUCGCCGUGCAUGAUGAUGACACGGGAGGGUCGGACGGGAUAGAGAUGGAUAAGGGCGCAAGCAAGCCGCUCAAGGCAGGUGACGACGAGGACGAUGAGUUUGACCUGUGA